AAAGAAACAUUCAUUAAGUCUGUCGUCUUCAGUUUCCCAGGCUUGUAUAGCCUAACGACGAAGUGGAAUUACUUCUGCAAGUCAUUUUUGGAAAUAUAAAACAACAACAUCACGAAAGAGUGGGCUGGGAAUAAUACAUCAAAGCAAGUCACCAAAGAUCACAACAACUCUCAUGGCCCAAGUGCUCAAAAAUCAGUCAAAGGAUGCGAGCAAAAAUGCUCCCUCGGGGAAUCUGCCUCUUGGAUCUCAACCCAUGGCUCAUUCAGGAUCUGAAGAGUUUCAGUUUGAUAACAGACAGAUGCUUCUUCCACACAGCAUCCUGGGCAGUUUGGAUGAAUUUAGAAAGUAUCUGGUGACGAGAGGCGAGACAGAGUUGCUGAAGCAAGUACCAAGUUCCCAAAGAGACCCUUCAUCUCAUGUGCUUGGAAAGCAUCCUUCUGAAGAGGCUAAGAACAAGCAAGAUAUUUCUUUAGGUCAUAGAAACUUUCAGGCAAAGGCCCUGCAGAAUUGGGAUGCAUAUAUUAGACAGCGAAAACGGCAGCAGAACAUGUUAUCCGGACGGCUCCAAAGGCCAGUGGAGAACUUAUUGAUGAACCAAGAUUACAGUUUCAAAGAAAUCCAGGAGCAGCGAGAACUUCUAAGACGAGUCUUGCCACUAAUCCAGUCAGGAUAUGGGUACCGUGUGGGAAGUGAAUUUUGGAGUUUCCCACAGCACUAUGGGGAUGAAGUAAGUGGCAUCAGAGCCACACUGACACUGACAGAACAAGGCAAACAGAAACCUCUCACAAUUGUCAGACAACCGUGCAGCAUUCUCCAGGAAUCAGGAAUCACUUCUUCUGAGGUGCUGCAUCCAGCUUCACAGAUUUGGGACCCAAAUACGAACCUGCAUCGCCACCGUCACAUGAUUAAAGAUGUCCUACAGGGUUUAGACAUCAACAAAACGGACUUCAGCAGAUUGGAGGUCAUUGGUUCAAGCAAACCAGCUGCCAAAGUGUGCCACAGUCCCUUGUUGAAUGAGGCAGUGGAGGAGAACAAACAGUACUGCAAGAUUGAAACUGAGAAAGUUGAUACAUCAACACGUUAUGAUGACGAUCAGUCGGACAGGUUGCUCAUUCCUGCCUUGAGGUUUGCUGGUCAGCUCGCCAGCUGGACUGGAAACUCUCCUUGUCAGCAGGGACAGGUGAGAAUCAGCACAACAGUAACAUUUGAGGCUCUUGUCGGCGAACUCGUCUCAUCUCAACUCCAAAUCCACAACGUGGGCAGCACAGCCAUCCUCUUCAGUUGGCAGAAGCUUCCAAUCCCACAGAGUUUCUCAAACCUGCAAUCACAAUCAAACAGCCCACACUUCUACUUCAACACCUCUUCUGGUGUCAUCUAUCCAGGUGGAACCCUGGAGAUUGAGUUUAUAUUUAAGUCCGCGAGACCGGGCCUCCUAACUGAAUGUUGGCAGCUCAACACCCAUCCUAUACUGCUGCAAGGGGCCUCCAUUCAGGUCACACUCAAGGGGGUGUCUCUGUACCAGGACACAACUGAAAACCAGAGGCAAUUCAUACAGCGAAAUUUGGAAGAGACAGUAAGUAAAAAAAUCUGCCAGAUGAUAAUGUACGAUGUGCUGCGGGGGAUCCGGACUCCAGUGAGAGCCACCUCUCCUGCAGAACCAUUCAAGUUGCAGUACCUUGAUCAGUCGGAAGAGGAGCUGAAGAAGCUUUUGCAAGAAAUGAAUCCAGAACGCAUUUGGCAGCCUUCUGAAUCACCCAGACAGGAAGAACCUCUGGUGGACGACCAAAUGGACAGCCUGUGUGCGUCAACGGAUAAGUUCAAUGAUGAGGAUGACCAAGACACCAACUGUGAUGACACAGACACAGAUGACUGAAUGUACCGCACCGGUCGUGACAUUAGGUACACCAACUUGGAAAAAAAAUCAAGUUAAGAACUAUAAUAACUUGUUAUGGAUAUCAUUACAAAGAGAGCUCAGACCUUGCCUGAACGCCAUUGUUCUCCCCCAUGUUGUGAUUCACACCAAAAUAAUAAUCCUAUAUUUUUUGGAUCAUUCUUUGAUAUUUUGUAGAUCCUGUUGAAACUUCAUUGUAUCUGGGCAUUGCUAUGAUAUUUGUGAGCAGGCAAAAGAAUUAAAAAAAUUCUUA